CAGGUACAAAACAGCUGAUUGAUGUAAACGAACUGAGGAAGACUCAAUUAUGGCCUCGUUCGACGAAGAAGAGGCUAAUAUUUUGUAUGAACUAUUGGAUUAUGCAGAAUGGCCGCUGGAACAGGAAAUUAUUGGUGGAGGAGCUGUCAGUCACGGUGGAAACUUCUUUUAUCGCACGGUUACCCAAACUCCAGCAAAUAUAUGGGCUUUGGCAUCUACUGUGUGGGCCUACCUAAGAGCUGCACCAUCAGUGUCACCAAGCUUGUCCAAACUCAUAGGCAGUGGCUCAGGAUGGCAACUUGGAGUUGGUGCACAAGGGGCUGUUGUUGCCAUUGUUCAAGCAGCUUGUCUAGAGAUACGGGCCAAAAAGGAUGACUUUGCCUCAGUUGUGGGGAAAAACACAAAUUUGUAUGCUGACCCAUUUCCAUCAUGGCGCCGUGUGGCUUGGUCAGCAGACUGCUCCAUGGUUGGUGUAGCAUAUAGCUCAGGUGCUGUAGAAAUAUUUAACACACUUGGAACCUCCAUCUUCACGAUUUAUCCACCCAGGUAUCGUGAGGGUGUGACCCAAGUGGACACCAGCUGCGCACUAGCUGCUCUCAUCUUCUCCGAUGUCAGGACUCAGAAAAUAAAAUGGGCCUCUGAACUGAUACUUGUAGACUAUCAAGGCAACAUCAGGAGUUAUUAUGUGUCCCCCACUGAAGGCUACCAAGAGAGCCAUGUUUCAUCCCUCAGCAAAGUGUAUCCCAAUGGUAUUACAGCUGUAACUGACAGAGGGCCAUUGUUGAUAGUCGCUGGGUCGUGCGAAUUUUUAGAGGACAGCAAUUUGAGAAACAAUGGUUUGGGUCAUGGCAUUACCAUAUGGUAUAUGAUUAGUGAUUAUCCAUUCUAUAAACAGAUGCCUACAAUAAAUGAGGAUGAAUAUGUACCACCCAGCACAGGAAUCAUAAAUUGGUUGCCAGGAUUCAAGUCGAAACCCCAACAUGACUGCAUCUUCGACCUUUGUGUGUCACCCUCUGGUAAACAGCUGGCUGCCCUGCACACAUCAGGGAGUCUCUCCAUUUGGGAACUACCUUCUCUUUGGAAGAAGAAGUACUGGUUGCUUGCCAGUCAACCAGACCAAGAUGCAACCAAUCAAUCAAAUCUUGAAUACAUUCCUGGGCAGAAGCAGCGCUUGCUCCAGUACUCUGGGCCCUUGAAAAACCACCCAGCAGGUCUCAGUUGGUGGUCAGAGACGGCUGUUAUCCUUGCUCGCUAUUCUGGGGCUGUUACUGUUAGCUCUGUGAACUCGCUAAGGAACCUGCUGGGUGAAUCGCCAGAAUUUCUUGAAGGAGUGCCUCAGAUAAGUGAAGCCUACGACCGAGGCUUCUUGGGCUUGGAGGUUGAGAGUCGUGUCAACACCAAACGCAUCUUGACUGCUACGGGUGAAGGCUCAGAUGAAGAGGAGGAAUACCUCGACUCAGAUGAUGAGGAUGAGCUCUCACUGGUUCAGAGGUCAAGCAGACUGGCCAAGAGUGCACUUUUUUGGAUUACUGAUGCAGAGAGAUUUCGACCACCAAGCAAAAGACCAAAGAUCGUUCAGAGGACCUUCCGUCUACUUUGCCUCAAGAGCACGACUCCAGAGGAGCUAUUUGCCAGAAAAAUAGAGAAUGAAGAAUAUGGGGAAGCUCUGGCCUUGGCUCGCAGCUAUAACCUGGAUUGUGACCUGGUAUAUCAGCAGCAGUGGCGUAGAAGCUCUGUUACUGUAGCCUCCAUUGAAGACUACUUAGCCAAGAUUCGCAAGCGGUCGUGGGUGCUUGCUGAAUGUCUCACACGUGUGCCUGAGAAUAUUGAUGCAGCACGAGAGCUCCUCAUGUAUGGGCUGCGGGGAACAGACCUUGAGGCAAUUGUAGCCAUUGGCAAAGGCACAGACAAUGGGGAGUUCAUUUUUUGUGACUCAGACCUUGUCUAUGAUGAAGGCAUAGACAUUGACCCCAGUGAGUAUGAUGUAAAGGCACAAGAGAGAGCUGCUAUGGAGCUCAAAAGGAGGCAUGACUACCUGGUGCAG